GUCCCUCCCCGUCCAGCUCGGGCCGCCGGGCUCCCGCAGGCCCCACCGCCCGCGUUCCUAUGGACAGACGCACAGACACCUGCAGCGAACACGUUGCUUUUGAGUGGAGGUCACCCAAGCAAAAGCGCAAGACUGACAGUCUUCAAAGAACAAUGCCGGUGGGGAUCCUUGCAGCCCAGGUGGCUCCAAGGCUGCACUGAGCAGAAGCUGAGGUUCCAGAAGGCAGCUCAGGCUGAAGGGUGAAAUCAAGUCCUGGCUACUGUCUGAGAGUCCUGGCUACUGCCUGAGAGCCCUGGCUACUGCCUGAGGAUGGCCCUGCUCCAAAAGAGGAUUCUUUGCCAGGGUCUUUGGAGUCCCCUACAGAGAGCAAGCAGUAAUCCUAACUAGUCAGGAUCUCUCUAUAGAAAAAGAAGCUACUCGUGCCUGCAAGCCUUGCCCUCUUCGCAUCAGCCUCCUGUGGAGUGUGACUGACUAUCCAGGAUGGUUUUCUCUGUUCCUCAGACCUGGAGUCCUGUGAAAGUCUUUGGAAGUUUUACCCAACUUCACCAAAUCCUGUGAGAGCCUGGCUGGUAACCUUACGCUGACGAUGAGGGCUACUGCAUAUACCUGUUGGCUCUUGUUUGACCUCUGGUUGCCUGCCUCUUUCCCAGUGCGCCCUUAACAGGAGAGACACUGCUGAUCCUGUAACAUGGAGGAUUGUCUUCAUACCUCAUCUGAGAAUCUGUCCAAAUUGGUCAGCUGGGCCCACAGCCAUGGGACCAUUUGCAGCCUCAUUCCAAACCUGAAACACUUGCUUUCUGAAGGUUCCCAUGGGAACCUGACUGCAAUGUGGGGCUGUAGUGCCGGCCAUGCGUACCACUGGCCACUAACAGCUACUUGCAGAGCUGGGUCCCAAGAGAGGGUUUGUUUCCAGGACAACCGAAGUUUUAAUUCUGAUAGUCCCAGUAUAAUUGGGGUGCCUUCUGAGACACAGACUAGCCCUGUGGAAAGGUACCCUGGGAGACCUGUGAAGGCAAAGCUGGACUGUAAUCGGACCAGAGACUCUUGUGACUUCUCUUACUGCAGUGAGCCCUCUGAACUGGAUGAAGCUGUCGAGGAGUAUGAAGAUGAAAACACACUGUUUGACAUGGUUUGCGAGUCUUCUGUUACAGAUGAGGACAGUGACUUUGAACCCCAAACCCAGAGACCUCAAAGCAUUGCUCGCAAAAGGCCAGGAAUCGUCCCAUCUUCCAUCCAUUCAAGUUCCCAGGGACAGAUGGUCGAUGAAUGCAGUAAUGAUGUCAUCAUCAAGAAAAUCAAGCAAGAGAUUCCAGAAGAUUAUUACAUUGUGGCAAAUGCAGAGCUGACUGGAGGAGUGGAUGGACCAGCCCUUUCAUUGACACAGAUGGCAAAACCCAAACCCCAGACUCAUGCUGGUCCCUCCUGUGUAGGGUCUGCUAAACUGAUUCCCCAUGUAACAUCUGCCAUCAACACGGAAUUAGACCCACACAUUCUGUCAGCCUCUCCCUCUGUUAUCUCCAGACCGAUCAUCCCAAAGACUGCUAGGGUAUCUCUGGCUUCACCAAACAGAGGACCCCCUGGUGCCCAUGGCACUGCCCACCAGGUGACCAUGCAGAUGCCUGUGAGCACAUCACAUCCUAACAAACAGAUCAGUAUCCCUUUGUCUGCUCUGCAGUUGCCUGGACAGGAUGAGCAAGUUGCUUCGGAGGAGUUCCUGCCCCACUUGCCUAGCCAGGUCUCAUCAUGUGAGGUAGCCCUUUCUCCCUCUGUUAACACAGAGCCUGAAGUGAGCUCCAGUCAACAGCAGCCCCCUGCUGCUCCAACCAUAACCACUGAAGCCACCGCGCAGUGCAUUCCAGACCAGGAUGAAAGAGCAGCUGAGCUCAGCAGGGAGCAGAACGAGAAAACCAUCCGGAGCACGCAGACCGCGCUCCGCAAUUUCCGCGAGUUCCUCAUCUCCAAGUACCCUUCCGAGACCAGAGAGAUCUAUGUCAUCCCUUGCAAGGAGCUAGAUGCCUACCUUGCCUCCUUCUUCGUGGAUGCCAGGCAGAAGGAUGGGUCUGAGUACGAGCCCAACAGCUUGGCCAAUUACCAGUGUGGGCUGGAACGGUACCUGAAAGAGCACAGAUAUGGCUACAGCAUCACCAGGGAUAAGGAGUUCAAGCGUUCCCAGGAAGCCCUGAAACAGAAACAGAUCGAGCUUCGCUGCAAAGGCAAGGGGAACAAGCCACACAAGUCCAUGAAGCUCACCUUUGCCGAUGAGCUCAUCCUGCGGAAGAGGGGACUGCUGAGCAGGUACAACCCUGAGGGUCUGCUCAACCUCGUCUGGCUCAACAACACGAAAGCGUUUGGCCACUGCACAGGCUUCCAUGGAUCCACCUUGAAAUGGGGCGAUAUCCGGCUCCGUGUCACAGAAACCGGGCUUGAGUAUUUGGAGUGGAUAGGUCAGGACACUGGUGAUUUGAAUGCCAAAACCAAGAGAGGAGGAACGGACUCGCGAGUUUAUGCCACCCAGCAUGCCCCGCAGACCUGCCCGGUGCAGGAUUAUAAGGAGUAUGCCCAGCGGAGGCCUCCUGCUAUGCGCUAUGAGGAUGCCCCCUUCUACUUGUCCAUCAAGCCAGUUGUGAACUUGGCAGCUCUUCACUGGUACAAUUGCCAGGCCCUUGGCAAGAACAAGCUAGCCAAGAUGGUGAAGACCAUGUGUGAGAAGGGCAACAUCCCCGGCAGGAAGACCAACUUCAGUGUCUACCAGAGCUGUAGCACCUUGUCUGAGGCCCAGAGCAAUCAGCUGGUGCUCAUCUGCAACAACCUGAGCCAGCAGGCUGCCCAGUCCGUGGCUGGCCACUCCAGCAGUGGCAAUUUCAUUGUCUCCUCCUAUGACUCUUCCUCGGACACGGCCUGACCAGGUGGCUCGUCCAAGACCUCACUUUGGUUUCUGUGUCCCAGGAAACCAUCAUGUGUACUGCAUUGCGUCCCUUCCACCUGCCCUCACUGCUAACUUUAUAAAAUGCAAAUCUCUAUUUUUCUUUUUACAGAAAGCCAAUGGCAAUAGUUUAGUAUUACUAACACAGUAUUUAUAGGCUUGAGACAAACAAGUGUGCUUCUGGGUGAUGACAUAUAAUCACUGUUACAGACUGGCAAAAACCAUAGCGGUUCUCAGGCAACUGUAGAGAAAGAAUUCCGUUUAAAAAAAGAAAAAAACAAAUCAGAAAGGAAACCAAGAGUCAUUCAAGACACUGUGUCCUCAGCUCCUCCUCCUGCCUCACCUCCCACUUUUAGUCUCCUUCAUAGAUGGAUUUAUUUUUUUAAUUUUUAAAGAUUACAUAUGAGUCAGGAGACAGUUUUACUGCCUGUGCAGUAUUGUUGCGCCAGAUCAGAAAGUAGCGUCAUAAGCUCAACAUGAAUCUAUUUAUUUAUUUGCAUAUAUUUUUAGCAUAGAGUUUCAGCCGUGCCUCAUUUUCACCGGAUAUGGAGGUCUCAGCAUGUACAGGACUUUCCUUUGGGGAGGUGGGCUAUAGAAGAGGAAUAAAGGUGCCAUCCUUUUUUGGAGAUGUCUCAUUUAAAAACAAUAUGCAAGCUCUGCUAUGGGUUGGGGGGGGGCGGUAAUAAAAGACUGUUCCAUAGCUCAUUUUUACUGUGGUGCUUAGACCUGAAUAGAAUGUUCUUUGUCCCUAAGUCAGUGGAAAUGAAUUUGAUCAUCAGAUUUACAAGAAAUUUAAAACUACCAAAAUCUUCGAGAAUAUUUGAGUGUUAGAUUGUAUGUUAAGCAUGAGAGAGAAAGUAGAGAAUAGAGGCCCCACUGAAAACGUCUGGUGCGUUGGUAGAGCCAGGCUGCAGUAUCCUGUUGCUAUGUCUAAGCAUUAAAUUUGACUCUUUUUUCCCUAGGGGUUACUUGACUCUGAGCUUAAGAUCAAAGGAAAAUUGACACCCAUUUUAAGUCACAAUAUUUUGUUACCAGGCUUAGCAGAAUUCAAAGCAUUCUUCAGUUUCUUCUCAUUAAUAGAAAUGCAUUUAAUGCUCUGUAGUUUGAAUAAUUUUGGUUUAACAUUUGUCAUGGUUUUUUUUUUUUAGUCUUUUGUUUUUCAAGUCUUGAAGACUAAAACAUUAAUAAAUGAUUAGUUAAGACACUUCAAAAAUCAAGUACAUGUAGAUGUGAGAGCUACAGUGAGGCUGAGCUGGGGGCCUCCCCAUCCUGUGCAAUCAGUAAUGUGUAAGAACUGCAACCCAUCGUUGGUUUGUUACGUCUGAGCGCCCUUUUGGGGCAUGUGUUUCUUCUUCAAAUCAACCUUGUAAGUCACAAUGGCUUGGAAGGUAGGUGGUAUUUUAUAAUAUGACAAAAAGACAAAUAUUUUUAUUUGCUUUAUAAGUUGUCACAGAGCCAAGUUUUCCCAUGGCUAGGUGGCUCUUUGCAUCAAUAAGUAAUAAGCACACAAGGCCUUCUAGGCUGUGGUCUUCUAGUGCAGAAGUGGCAGGUCUGCAUGGGACAUCGUUGGGUAGAAUAUCUCCAUGAACUUGUCCUUCUAAGAUAAGUGUUGAUAAGAAAAGUUGUAUAUGUUUCUAUACAAGUACCUUCUAAAUCUUUUGAACAACCUUAAGGAGAAAGUAAGUUAUCUUCAUUUUAGGAUGAAAUUUUAAGUUGGUUAGAUGAAGAAGGAGUAGUCUGCUUUCUCACUCCCAAGCUUUUUCUAUUCGCCAUUUUUAGUAUGAGCUAGGUAUUGAUUUGAGCCAGAAAUGAGAGUAGUGUCUUUGCAGCGCUGAAGGCUGUCUGUCUGCUUUAAAGGAAUGCUGGGCAAUGUGUCACGGCUGCACACUGUCCUCUUACCCACCUCCCCAUUGCCUCCACUGUUAAACACACAGGGCUUUCUCCCAGUCCCUCUGCAGAACUUCCCACUCUCCUUCUAGAGCUAGUUCGUGAGCUCAUGGCAAGCUCCUUAUGAGGGAGCUUUUUAAAAGGCCAUUCUUAUGUGGUAAUACCUGUCAUUUUUAAGGUUUCUGUAAAACUCUUAUCUGAGACAUAGUUUGUAAUUCCUGAUUGUGUUGACCGCAGUGUCUGAGAAGGCCUGUCUCAGCACUGACCUGAGAGAACAGACUAGCAGUACUGAGCCCUGCUGCUGUGUGCUGCGUACUGACAGAGAAGCCUGCCCUGCUUCAUCCCAACUACUACAUACAGACAAUAUUACGUCAAUAAUGUGAACUUUUUAUUUAUUUAUGUUUUGCUGUGAAAACUAACCAGAUAGGAACACUGUGAUAUUUAGAUUAAAUCAACCUUUUAAAAAGUGGCUUACUAGAAGAAGCCAGUUUAGAACCUCUUUAAACCGUAAGAGUCUGUGGCUACCUCUAAAUUCUGUGUUUUUAUCUAAACAAUACUGAGAACAUACCACUGCCGAAAGCCUUUUUUAUUAUUUGGAAUUUUAACUUACAAAAAUUAUUCUACUUUGUCAGAGGCACAUGCCAACAUUUAUUGUAGUUAUUAGGGCUAAUGUGGGAUGUUUCAUACAUAAUAUAUGUCAACUAUUAAAUAUUUAUUUCAUAAUCUUAAUAUCUUAAAUGUUCCCUGUUAAUUCAUUUUCUCUUAAGUUUUUUGUUGUGUUUAGUUCUAUUUGAUACAGGGUUUCACCACAUAGGCCGAAAUGGCUUUAAACUCCUAGUCCUCAUCCCUCCACGUGAGUACUGGAGUUACAGCAACACUAUAUACAGCUUUUUCCCUAAAUUAAAGUAUUACCUAAUCUAUAAUUUAUUGCCUGCAUUUUUCCUGGCGUAGGUUAAGUCUGUUUUUUUUUUUUCCAGAUAGUCUUAUUAGUGGAAAUGCUGGCAUUAACUAACAUACAGAGCUGUGAUACCAAUGAAUUUAUUGAGAUGAAAAUUUAUGACCACAAAGGCAAAUAUUUAUUGACUAUUUAGUCGGUGAGAAGUCUGUAAAGAUGUAUAAAAUUCUUCCUGUUCUCAAAGAAAAUGUAAAGAUGAUGUAAUGAAAGUUUCAUUUUUGAGAACCCAGACCCCCCAAAAAGUCUCUGUACUGAUCCCUUUCUGUCUUAUCUUCUGAGCUUUGUGCUCUGCAUUUACAUAAGUAUUGAGUAUUCCACUUUGCUGUAGUAUAUCCCACUUCUUAAGUAUUUUCUGAAGACUUUUUGUUAGAGCUCUUAAAAUCAGUACAGUGAAUGGUGGUCCCUGUGUGGUGGUCCCUGUGCUCACAUAGGUGCAUUGCACACAGGAGAGAAAGGAUUUGUUGUGGCAGUACCUUGUUAGAACAUACAGUGUGCCCCUGCAGCAGGUGCUUCUAGUUGUCUUUAUUAAUAAUCAUUUUAAAGUGAUUGUCCUUCUUCAUGAAGGAGAAAAUCUGACAGGUUGCCCAUAUCACAGAGCAGAUGGUAAGAGCAGCUGUCCUGAAGUACAUCUGGAUCUGGUCGUAUCCUUCGCUGUGGCCACUGUUCCAGAAGCGUCUUGCUUGUGCACCUGAUAAUUCUGCAGUAGGCUCUCUGAAGUAACAAGCUGAAGAUAAACUCCCUGGUGUAAGACAGUUUUUUUGAGAAGGGGCCCAAAAGAUAGGCUUAGACUGUUGUUUCCUAAGGCAGAGAUGGGGCUGCCAUGAAAACUUGAGCAAUCCUUACCAUCAAACAGGUCUGAGAACUCAGACACUGCAGGUGAUGUCCUCCAUCACUGCUGGGUUCCUGCUGAUAACAGAUAAAGGGGAACAGUGCCAUUAAAUCACCAACAACUCUGAACUUACCAUUCGUUCUAAGCAGAGAAAAGGAAGAGGGAUCUCUCAAGGUCCAAUAUAACUUAGAAGUUGACAAGCUGGGUUUGCUAUAACUGAGUGAGAGAUCCUAUUUAGUAUUGAAGAAGUGGUUUCUUAAAAAUAUUCCAUUUCAAUAUACUAAGUUGAAAUUUAGUAGAAACCAUGAUGAACUAGAAAUCAAUAUUAGUUAGGUCUUGUUAAUAAAACCAUUGUCAUUGUUGAAUUGUGACCUCAGGGGCUACCCCUAGAAAAGACCUUAGAAGGUGUCCAGUAAUUGCCAGGAUUUAGACUAGGAAACCCUCCUGUAUGGAGGUGAUAAGGAAGACUGGUCCCUCAGAAAAAAACAUAUGCACAUUUACACUCAUGCACACACACACUCACUGGGUCCCUCAGAACAUACACACGUACACACUCGCACUCAUUGGAGACAGUCGGUUCCUUAGACCUCUUUUCCUUUGAGAUGCUGUGCCAAGUGGGUCCACGUUUCCUCUGUUAGACACCCUUCACAUGGUCUUCAUCACAACAGGAAACAACCCCCUGGACAGAUGAGAUCAGUACCCGAGUCUUACCAUUUUGUUGGGACUAAAGCAGGUGAGCCCAGGCACCCAGAGUCCCUACCCGUGUAUAAAAAUGAUAGACUUUAGAGAAGGAAUUCCUACCUGCGCGGUGGACAUUAACCCUGAUUAAAGUGUGUUUUUCUUCUUUUCCAAACUGUAUUUUAAACUCUCAUGGUUUCUUUGUCUUGUUUUUUAAAGACUGGAUCUCACUGUGUAGUUUUGGCAAGCUGGAACUCCCUGUGUCGGCUAGGUUGACUUUGAACUCACAAGAGUUCUGACUGCCUCUGCCUCUGGAAUGCUCAAAUUAAUGGUGUGCACCACCAUGCCCAGAAUUAGUCCUCACAUUUUUUUAUAGGCUGUUUGGAUAUGAAGCUUUUCAUUGUAUAGAAUUGUGUCUUGACUUUAACUAUGCUUUUUUAUUGUGAGAUGUAUUAGAAUAACCUCUAGUGUAACUGGUUCUUAAUAAAUGUCACUCAGUUUCCAGUUAUGCAUGGGGAGGCAAACUCCCUGCAUCUUAUAAGUAUUGGAUUCCAGUUGUAGCUCAUGGACCAAAAGGGGGUUUCUGUCCAUUGGCAUUCUCUGGAGAUCAAACUGUACAGUAUCUGUAUUAUUGGCCUGAGACGUAGUUUGUGCAAUCUAUUUGGGACAAACCUCCAGUCAAAAGGAUUGCAUUUUUAUCGACCUAAUUAAGAUUUUCUAAAGUGAAUUUGUUUUGUGAUAAAGGGAAGGUGGUAGCCGAUGAUACAGGUCUCUAGCAGGAGAUAAGAAAGGCUAAGCGUGGUCCUUGGAUUAGCUUGACUUUUUUCUGAAAAGAAACUCAAACAUAAGAAAUUUCCCAGACAUAAUUUUAAAACUUAUCAGAAUCAGUAGAGACAAUAGCAAAUUUUAGGAUUUUUAAAAGUAAAGUGUAAAUUACUUGUCUUUUUACAGACUGUUUGUCUUGAUAUGACUCUGGAGUUAGCAUUUCUACCAUUCUGCAUUUGUUUCCGUGGGAGCUUUAAGAAUGCUGUGGCCUAGUUUUCUUGUUUGUGUUGGGUAGAACUAGGAAGCCAUCAGUUAUCUAGACUCCUAACAAUUAUUGUGCUUACAGUGUUUAUAGUGGCCGUUGGAUUUCUGUGUUACAACAUUUUAUAAAUCACAUACCUUAGAAUACUUUGCUAUUGAUUUAUAAUUAAUUAUUUAUACUGGGUGUCCAUAUUUAGUAUUAAUCCAGACAGAUAACCUUUAUCUAACUGAACUUUUAUACCUUUAAUCCAUGUUACAACUUUUAAAAUAGCAUUAUAAUUUUUAAAACUUUGCUUUAUAAAGCAUUUGUUACCAAAAAAAAAAAAAAAAAAACCCAAAAAACAAACAAACAAAAAAAACCCUUGCCAAAAACCAUUACAAUUCUAUGCAUUGUGUGAUAACGGAGUGGUUCCACGGCUUUGCAUGUUGUUCUAGGUGCUGUUUGCGGAGUCUGUAACGUUGUUGUGGGAUCGUUACCCAUCGAUACUGUCACUUACUGUAGUUAGGCUGUGCCACCCACAUGUGUGUUACGUGUGACCUGAGAAAGUAGUGCUUCGUCUAGUAUUUUGAGCCAGCACUUAGCGGCUUCUUCGGAAGGAAAUGUAGUCACCGUGCAGUGCCAAGCUGCUGUUCCGCAUGUGUUGUUCCGUUCCAGAGAGAGCCUUCCUGCCACACACCUGCAGAAAAGAGAACAGCAAUUCUGUUUGCCACUGAGAAUCUUCUUCUUUUAAACUUGAGCAUUUUUAUGGCAAAGUCCAGUAGAAGACAGUGGGGCAGCAGGGCCUCCCCGGUCAGGUAUUUUUAGUUUGAAUGGUGUAGCAGCAGAAGCCUUCGAGGUGCACACAUUGUCUUAGGUGUCAGCAUGGCUCACAUAGAAUUGCAUCUAUAAGAGUAACUAGUAACUUAGGGGCUGGAGAGAUGGCUCAGUGGUUAAGAACAUGUAUGGCUCCUCUGGAGGACCUGAGUUUGAGUCCCAGCUAUCAUAUAUAUAUAUAUAUAUAUAUAUAUGAUAGUCCCACAUAUCAGGUGUCUGUAAUUCUAGCUACAGGCCAAAACCUCUGCACAUACUUACACAUAAUCAAAGAUAAUAAAAAUUGAAUCUGAAUAAGACAUUUAAAUUUAAUGUAUACCUAAUGUCAGCUUUUGUGUCAAGCAUUUGCUUAGGGCUGAGGUGGUUCACGGCCUUAUAUCCAUCAGGUCUUUUUACCUGUCUGUCCAUUCAGUCCCUGGUGUUUCCUUCUCUACUUGGUGGCACCACACACACUCCAAAGACAGGAAGAAAGCUGCUCCAACAGACUAACUCCAUCUACUGCACUCACUCUAUAGUCAACACGGGGCAAAUACCAUCACACUCUUACUUAGACUGUCAUAAAAUAUUAAGCAAAGAAGGCUGCUUCUGAAAGAGCCUUUUACACCAACAUGCGAAAAUCCCUCCCUUACUGCAGCCCCCCCCCCAUCAGUUCAAUAGGUAAUAAUUACAGGAUUCCUUUCAUGAAGGAAUAAUCUCCUUAGCUACACAGAAGCUUUUUGUGUGGCUGUCAGGGGCAUAGUGACAACCAGUGCUGUGUUUGGACACAUUGGUGCUAGAAUUACUGAUUUAAUUCUAAGAUAAUUAAAACUAAUUCGUCAAGGCCCCUGCCAUGUCUUUGCUUAGAGCAGCAGUUCUCAACCUAUGGAUUGUGACCCUUUUGGGGGUGUUGAAUGACCCUUUCACGUGGUUCACAUAUCAGAUAUCCUGCAUACCAGAUAUUUAUAUUAACAGUUCAUAACAGUAGCAGAAUUACAGUUAGGAAGUAGCAAUAAAAAUAAUUCUAUGGUGGGGGGUCACCAUUAUAUGAGGAACUGUAUUAAAGGGUCACAGCGUGAUUUACCUGCUCAUGCCUACCAGAAUAUGCUUUGAAUGUCCGCCCCUACGGGGGGCGGUGGGGGGGGGAGGAAGCAAUAAAAAGGAACUGAGGUCCGUGUGGUGCAGCACAACUCUGCUGUGCUCACCCAGCCCCAGAGCCGAACCGCAGCGUUUCUUGAUUCUGGUAUUGGGAGAUUUCAGACACCAACAACUGCAUGGCUUCAGUGAUGAAGUCUCUGGGUUCACAGUGGGCAUGUGUUUGAAUCCUGCUUCCAGCUGUUUUUCCACCCUCGGAUCUUCUGUUUUGAAUAUCUCCCUAUCCUAAGACCUUUAUGUCCUACUGUAGUUUUUUGAACAAACCGUAUGUAUACUUGGUAGGUUUUUAAUUUAUUGUUUCUAUUUCCCCCAUGACUGUAAACAUACUUGUUGCAAAAGUUGGACACAGAGUUGCCAGAUCAACCUUGUACUAAGGGAUCAUUUCCCUCUCCUAUGCAGUAAUGUAAACAUGUAACUAAAAUCCCAUAGGUCUGGCGAGGAGACUGAAUGGAUGGCCCUACUUAAAUUUACCAGAAUCAGUAUGUGAUGCAAGUGUCGACUGCAAGGAAGAAUCUCAUGCCUUAGUGGGAUGGAGGCUGUAUUCUGCUCCAGGGAGGUCCUCUGUUCUGCUUCUAAGUUGUAGAGAUGUGUUUGCAGCUCCUUUUCUUCCAUCCCUAAGUACUUAGGGAAUAAAAAGACAGACUUAUCAUUGUUGUUUUAUGGUUAAGACCAGGCGUCUGUUUGGAAAUACCGUAAUCAUAAUUAAUGCUUAAGGGAUGUCAUUGAAACCACAGAGGGCUGUGCCGUGCUUUGGGGGGGGGGGGGGGGCGGGGGGGUGUGACUUGCCCAAGUUGGUCGAUUGGCAUCUUCCUGUGUGUCUUUUAGCCCCUGGCUUCUAUAUGAUUUAUGUGGGAAAAACAUGUGUCUCUGUCACUCGUGUCAUAUUUUAAAAUGUCUUUAAGCUGCUACAGUUAUAACUUGUGAUGGGAAGCAGAGAAAGGUGAGUCCAGGUGAGAGAACCAUGUGUUAACAUGUCAGAUGUAUGAUGCUCUCUAGUCAGGUGAUCCUCUGCCUGUCAGUGUUUGUAAUACAGAACUUUUGUGACCAAGAGUAUAUAUGGUAUCACUUUCAUUUUUGUUUUGCUGCUCACUGACCUUUCACACUAAGAUGUUUCAUUUUUCUCAGCUCACUGUUCUGCCUUCAUUACUGUCUGUGUACUUGUGCUUUAAAUAAAACUCUAGUUUUGUGUCCCAGUGGUCGGUUCCAUCAUGUAUAUAACAUUUGCCUCUAAUGUAGUGAGAUUUUUCUGUUGUUGUUUUUAUUUAUGUAUACAUUUGUUGGUACAGCCUAAACUUUAUGGAAAUAAGCAACCCAAUAAAUUCAGCUAAUGGGUGUUGAUGGUGUCUCCAGUGAGCGCCUGUUCAGUCACACUGUCUUUUCUAUAUUUGGAUCUGACAACCAGUUUUCAGUUAAUAAACUAUUUUCUGCAAA